GGGAGGGGCGGCGUCUCAAACGGAAGGUGGUGGUUGUCCGAGUCCGAGCUGGUUUGAAAGUGGGGGGUCGGGCCGGGCCGUCGUCGUCUGUCGCCGCGGGCCCGCUUCCGGGCGAGGCCGUCCCUGCCCGCGCCCGCACCGCCGCCCUCCGGCGCCCACGGUCCCCCCGACUCGCGCCCCUGCCCGCAGCGCGGCCCCGCCGCCACCAUGUCCCUCCAUGGCAAACGGAAGGAGAUCUACAAGUAUGAAGCCCCCUGGACCGUCUACGCCAUGAACUGGAGCGUGCGGCCCGACAAGCGCUUUCGCCUGGCGCUGGGCAGCUUCGUGGAGGAGUACAACAACAAGGUCCAGCUUGUUGGUCUCGAUGAAGAGAGCUCGGAGUUUAUCUGCCGAAACACCUUUGACCACCCGUACCCAACCACGAAGCUCAUGUGGAUCCCUGACACUAAGGGCGUCUAUCCAGACCUGCUGGCCACCAGUGGUGACUAUCUUCGGGUGUGGAGGGUUGGUGAGACAGAGACCAGGCUGGAAUGUCUGCUAAACAAUAAUAAGAACUCGGAUUUCUGUGCCCCCCUGACAUCCUUUGACUGGAAUGAGGUGGAUCCUUAUCUCCUAGGCACCUCCAGCAUCGAUACGACUUGUACCAUCUGGGGGCUGGAGACGGGGCAGGUGUUGGGACGAGUGAAUCUUGUGUCUGGUCACGUGAAAACCCAGUUGAUUGCCCAUGACAAAGAGGUCUAUGAUAUUGCGUUUAGCCGGGCCGGGGGAGGCAGGGACAUGUUCGCCUCGGUGGGCGCUGAUGGCUCGGUGCGGAUGUUUGACCUCCGCCAUUUGGAGCACAGCACCAUCAUCUAUGAAGACCCCCAGCAUCACCCUCUGCUUCGCCUCUGCUGGAACAAACAGGACCCCAACUACCUGGCCACCAUGGCCAUGGACGGAAUGGAGGUAGUGAUUUUGGAUGUCCGAGUUCCCUGCACGCCUGUUGCUCGGUUAAACAACCACCGGGCCUGUGUCAAUGGCAUUGCUUGGGCCCCGCACUCGUCCUGCCACAUCUGUACUGCAGCGGAUGACCAUCAGGCGCUCAUCUGGGACAUCCAGCAAAUGCCUCGGGCCAUCGAGGACCCGAUCCUGGCUUACACGGCCGAAGGCGAGAUCAACAAUGUGCAGUGGGCGUCCACCCAGCCCGACUGGAUCGCCAUCUGCUACAACAACUGCCUGGAGAUUCUCCGAGUGUAGUGCUGGUGGCGCCGUGCCCGUGAGGCAGGGGCUUGUGUGUCUUCUGCCCCUGCCCCACACCCCAAGUAAGAAGAAACGUGUUUCCGGUGGCCAGUAUGUCUCUCAUUGCUCUGCACCCGCUGUCACCAGAAGCUGCUGUCGAAGCUCCCAGCCAGUCCUGUGCCAGGCUCUGGGCUGUGUGGCGCUGCUCAGCCCAGGGCU